CAUGCAGUGCCAAAAUGUGCACGACUGUAAAUGUUUGCACACGCAAGUUUCUUUUCAACGCGCGCAGUCUUCCAGCUUUAACAUAUUCAUACAUUGUAUACCUUAAGUGAUUAUUGAACACUUUCUGACAACUGUAUAUCCUAUCGCGUCAACGCAAAACUCCACUCGCUCGGGUCAGGGCAGUGGCUGUGAUAAAGGGACAAAGGUUAAAGCAGGUAGGUCGGGCGGAAAUUUCGAUUUAGUCGCUGUUGAGUGUCGCGAGCGGACAGUCACAGUGUUCCGUUGGAGUGUUUGACAUUUUCAGUUUCUGCCUGUGCAUUCAAAUGAGCGUCAAAGUACGACUGAAAAGUGAUGUAUGGUGGAUGUUUGUGUGUAGGUGAUGGAAAGGUGGAUACAUGGAUAAAUAAUGGUGAACAUCUGACCGCAGAUCAACUGUUAGAAGAACAAAAUAAACUUCGUAAUUGCAAAGAAAUUAAUGUAUACAAAUACGGAUAUAAUUGCAAUUAUUAUUAUUAUUAUAAUUAUUAUUAUUAUUAUUAUUAUUAUUAUUAUUAUUAUUAUUAUUAUUAUUAUUAUUAUUAUCCAAAUAAAUUGAAAACUAAAAACUUAUUUUUGAUGCCAACAUUCCAC